AUGGCAGACAUUGAACCAUUCACCAUCAAUAUCCCCGACUCCUCCCUCUCGGACCUCAAGACUCGUCUCUCGCUCGCUCGCUUCCCAGACGAGCUUGAGGGUGCGGCGUGGGACUAUGGCGCUCCCCUGGCGGAUGUGCAACGCCUGACAAGAUAUUGGAAAGACACAUACGACUGGCGGGCUACGGAGAAGAAGCUCAACGAGCUCCCCAACUACCGAACCACAAUCCAGGUGGACGGUGGGUUUGAGCCAUUGAAGGUGCACUUUCUCCACAAGAAAUCCUACGUGGAGAACGCCAUCCCCUUGCUCUUCGUGCAUGGCUGGCCGGGAAGCUUCAUCGAAGCGAUCAAGAUCUGGGACAAAUUACCCUCCCCUGAACCGGGUACGGAUGACCCAGCGUUCGAUUUUGUGGCCAUCAGUCUGCCCAACUACGGCUUCUCCGAAGCACCAAAAAAGAAAGGGUUCGCCAUUGCGCAGUACGCCGAGACGUGCCACAAGUUGAUGUUGAAACUGGGGUAUAACGAGUAUGUGACCCAGGGAGGCGAUUGGGGGUAUUAUAUCACGCGGGCGAUAUCGCUUCUUUAUCCGCAAAACUGCAAGGCUACGCACGUCAACUUCGACCAAGGCGAAGCCCCCAGUUUCCUGAGGCACCCGACAUUGGCACUCCAGCACGCAGUCACACCGUACACGCCCGCAGAAAAGGAAGGCCUGAAGCGCACGGCGUGGUUCUUCAAGGAAUCCUCGGGCUACCGGGCCCAACAAUCCACCAGACCACAAACACUGGGUUACGCAUUGGCCGACUCCCCCGUAGCCCUCCUAUCCUGGAUCUAUGAAAAACUCCACGACUGGAGCGAUUCCUAUCCCUGGACGGACGAGGAAGUCUGCGAGUGGUUGAGCAUCUACUGGUUCUCUACGGCGGGUCCCGCCGCCUCCCUGAGAAUCUACUAUGAGGCCACGCACGAGUGGGAUCCCGACCCGGCCAGGCGCGUCACCCGCGACCGCACGCGCGAGUACAUUGGCGGCGGCGUCAAAUUGGGUCUGAGCCACGCGCCCAAGGACGUCAGGGUGUUGCCAAAUACCUGGACAAGGACGCAAGGGGAUGUCGUCUUUGACAGAUCACACCCGAGCGGUGGACACUUUUUUGCCUACGAGAGACCGGAGCUCUUGUUGAGGGAUGUCAGGGACAUGUUUGGGAAGAAAGGGGGCGCGAGGGAUGUGGUCAAGGGGAGGAGCGGGUAUUGA